GACAAUGUCAGGCAUUAACCAGCAGGCUCUCUGCAAGCAGAAAGCUUUGGAUCUGCUCUUUGAUUCUGAACUCUGCAAAGGAAGCAUGGAUAGGAUGCUGGAGUCAAGAUACUUUGCCCCAUGUAGUUCCUGUGCGUGGUGGUGUGGGGGGAACAGAGGGAGAGAGGGAAAUGAUAAAAGAAGCAUCAUUUCUCCACAUUGUUUGUAACUCUGCUAGUAUUUACAAUUGUCAAACCCUCCCCUCUGUUCUUUCUGGAGCUGUAACACACCUCGGCAAUGACUAGGAGAAGAAACUAUUGGCUAUUGUAUAUGCAGUCAUCUGGCAUGCUGCAGAUAUAGCAGGGAAAGCAGGGACCACUCACUAACAGAGCAAAGCCGCUUUCAGUGUGGAGCUUGGGGAUGCUUGGAAGGAGAGAAAGGAGUGAAAAGACUGGCACUGGGUCACCUGAAUCUGACAAGCCCAGGAGAGCAGGUGGGGAUACAGAGAUUUGACAGAUGAAAGGAUUAUGUGGGAUGUCAAGAGAGCAAGUCAUCGGGGAGAAGAGGUGGAAAGAAACGCAAAAAGGACACAUUAAAUGAGACCCCUUUCUAAAGUCAGAAACAGUGUGCUGGGCAUUUGAGUCAGACCCUGCACACAGGACAAAGGGGCUUCUUUUUUUAAAAAAUGGCAGCUGCUUCCUCUGCCUCACACACCUGGAGGUAAAGCCCGGGUCUUAAAUUGGCAAAGGAUGAAGAGAGAGUGCAUCCGCUGAGUUGGCAGUAGAUAGAAGAAUUUUGAAAAAGCAAACCUGAGAGUUCCCCUUUCCCUGCCUGCAACCUCAGAACUGAGCUGUCCAAGGGAGGAGAGGACAAAGGGAAAAUCACAUCGGAUUCAGCUUCCCCCAGGCAACAAGAGAAACAGGUCUUAACGGAGGGUUUGUUCAUCAGAACUUUACCUCCGCUUCCAAGCCAUGGGCAGACACUUCUGGUUCCCCUUGCAGUACAUCUCCAAGCCCUUCUGGAGGUCAGAGGAUCACAAUGGCACUAACUUCUUCUCUGCCUUCUAUGGCUUUCCCAACCAGUCUUCAUUUUUCCACGGUGAUUUGGAUCUGGAUGACAUAGGGGAUUUUGACAGCAGCACCAGGUAUGAAGGGGAGUCCCAGAGCCGGACAGUCAAGGCACUGCUCAUUGUGGCCUAUUCGGUGAUCAUCUGCAUCUCACUCUUUGGAAAUAUCCUGGUCUGCCACGUGGUGAUCAAGAACAAGAGGAUGCACUCGGCCACCAGCCUCUUCAUCGUCAACCUGGCUGUUGCGGACAUCAUGAUCACCAUAUUGAAUACACCCUUUACCCUGGUGCGUUUUGUGAGCAGUACCUGGGUGUUUGGAAAGCUGAUGUGCCAUAUAAGCCGGUUUGUUCAAUACUGCUCUGUCCACGUGUCUGUGCUCACCCUUGCAGCUAUUGCACUGGAUCGACACCAGGUUAUAAUGCACCCUCUGAAACCACGGAUAUCCAUUGUGAAAGGAGGAAUUUGCAUCAUUAUAAUCUGGGUUAUGGCCAGCUGUUUCUCUCUGCCCCACGCGAUCUAUCAGAACCUCGCAAAAUUUUAUAUUGGGAACAGAACUAUACGAAUGGUCUGUCUUCCGAGCUUCCCUCCUCCUGCCGAUCUUUUCUGGAAGUAUCUGGACUUGACUACAUUUGUACUUUUGUAUGUGCUGCCCUUGCUUGUGAUCUCCAUCACAUACACUAUGGUGGCCAAGAAGCUCUGGCUGAGGAAUGCCAUUGGGGAUAUCACCAUGGAGCAAUACUAUGCACAUCAGCGGAAGAAGAAGAUGACACUGAAGAUGCUAAUGGUGGUGGUGGUGGUCUUUGCUGUCUGCUGGUUCCCACUAAACUGCUACCUAGUGCUCAUUUCCAGUAGGGCCAUCCACAGCAACAAUGCUCUGUAUUUUGCUUUCCAUUGGUUUGCCAUGAGCAGCACCUGUUACAACCCUUUCAUUUACUGUUGGCUGAAUGAAAGCUUCCGUUCCGAGCUCAAGUCCCUGCUCUGCGUGUGCAAGCGGAAGAGUGAAGCUCAGAGCCAUGCACUUCAGUCUAUCUCCCCUCCUUUUAGGCAUGCCUGGGUUGAGAACUGUCACUAUAAAAGAAACAGCUCUUCCCAGAAAGCAAGGUCACCUUCCGAAAGGAACUCUGCAAAGACAGACAUAUCCAGUGUCCAGCCAGUUGUAACAGGGAACUAAACCACUGAAUUGAUGGGUGAACAGAGUCCCUACAUCUUGAACCUAGAGAGUUUGGUGUACUAAAUGCAUUUGUAUUAAACUGCAAUCAUAAUCAACAGCUACCAGAGGCCUGGGUAAUGGAACAUGGAAUCUUUUGGACUGUAGUGGUAAGAGCGGACCUAAUUAUGACUACAUAGGUUUUCGGGUGGCAGCUUAUUUAAGAGCAAAAACUAGCAAAUGAAAGGAUUUCAUGUCUUUGAUGUAUUAAUGAUGUACUUGUGACGGGCUGGCUGGCAGUGACCU